AUGCACCUAUGCAGCACCAACAUCGCAGGAGAGCAGGAAGACAGAGGAUGCCUUCAGCUCGAGAUGGACGCCCCACCCCUCACUGACCUGAACCCACACGCCGACGUGGGGAUCCGCACAGAUAAGGCAUCCUCGCUACGAAGCGACCAGGGAUCUGGCCAGCCCUUCCAAUUCAGCCACAAGAAAUAUGAGGAGGAAAGCUUACAUCGAAUCAUAGGAGGCCGCCUAAAACUUGCCAACCGGUUCCGCCAGAUCUACGCGCUGCCGAAUCUCGCGCGGCUCCACGCGCUCCCCCAUGCUGCCGAGGCCACACGGCUUCCCUUGCUCGAGCGAUGA